GCGGGCGGAAGGCGGCGGGGCGGGGGUCGGAAGAUGGCAGAGCCGGAGGCUCAGCUGCUCUUGGCCGUGGGGCUGAUCGAAAAAGACACCAACGGAGAUGCUUUGUGGGUUUGGUGUUAUCCGUCCGUAACAGCUGAGCUGAGGACUCUCUUGCUGCGAAAGUGCUGCCUGACAGAUGAAAACAAAUUGCUUCAUACCUUCGUGUUUGGCCAGUAUAAAAGGUCAUGGUUUUACAUCACGACUGUGGAAGUUCAAGAUUCUCCAGCCUUGAAAAAGGUGACCCACUUCUCCAUUGUUCUGAUGGCCAAAGACUUCAACCCAGAGAAAUAUGCAGCCUUCACUAGGAUACUCUGUAGAAUCUACCUGAAGCAUGGAAGUCCAGUUAAAAUGAUGGAGAGCUACAUUGCAGUCCUUACAAAGGGGAUCUGCCAAAGUGAAGAAAAUGGAUCCUUCCUCAGCAAGGACUUUGAUGCUCGGAAGGCUUAUCUUGCUGGCUCCAUCAAAGAUAUAGUAUCUCAGUUUGGAAUGGAAACAGUUAUCUUAUAUACAGCACUGAUGCUGAAGAAGAGAAUUGUAGUAUACCAUCCUAGAAUAGAAGCUGUCCAGGAGUUUACCAGGACUUUGCCUGCAUUAGUGUGGCAUCGACAAGACUGGUCAAUUCUGCACUCAUACGUGCAUCUACAUGAGGAGGAAGUGGAAGCCUUAAAAGCCUGCACAGGUUACAUUGCUGGGUUCACAGACUCUGAAGUGAGCAGCAGACCAGACCUCUACGAUGUGUAUGUGAAUCUGGCAGACACUGAGAUCACAGUUUCCCCUCGAAUAAAAGAGGCAAUGACAAUGGGAAAACUUCACAAGGAGAUUGGACAACUGAUUGUUCAAUCUGCAGAAGAUCCAGAGAAGUCAGACAGCCAAGUCAUUAAGGACCUUUCUCUGAAGACAAAAGAAAUCUUGGCUACUUUAGCCUCACUCUCUGAAGUCUCUGAUGGCCAUGAAAGACCAGCCCUCAGUGCUGAGGCCCUGAAGCAAAAGCGCUUUCCACCAGCUACAGAAAACUUCCUUUUUCAUUUAGCAGCUGCUGAGCAAAUGCUCAAAAUCUGAUUUUGAUGCACUGCAGCAUUAUGGACCAGUUCAGAAACACUUUCUUUGCCCUACAGAUAGGUAUACCUGGCUUUUUAUAUGGAAAACUCAAAGGUAUAAGAGUAAGUGUCCUAUUUACCAUGAUAUAAUGCAGAAUGCUGGAGCUUGAUGUGGAACAUAGGGAGGCAUAUUUGGGAACAUUCCUGGUGUGGUCAUCUUCCCCAGCUACAAUUUCUGUACAUGGCUCCUGUACUUCAUAUCACAAUGUGAAUGCACAUACAAGUAGCAUGUGCCUGUGUGUCCAGGCUCUGCCAGACAUUAUUGUAGCAGCUGUUUGUCCUGCAGGUCCCAGAUGUCAGACAGCUCUAUUCUUCUUCUUAAGUGUCUUCCUGGGGUCUGGAACAUGGGCUGCAGCACACAGGCUGUGUGAACCCAGCACAUUUUGGAUGUGCUAGUCUCUCUGCACAGGGAUACACUGAACACCUAGCUGGUCUGAGUGCUCAUUCUGGGCUUCCAGGUAUGCCAACCUGUCAGCAACUGCUCUUGCUCUGCACUGCCUGAUACCUGGAAACCCUAAAUAAAUGGAGAAGUUCUCUUUUGCAAGUGUCUAGGUGUGGGGGAAACCAGAAAAGGAUGUCUGGGAAAAUCUAACUUGGUAGCCUUAGUCUAUAAAGGAAGAGGUAUUUUAAAGCUCAGGUGGGAGCUGAGCACCUCUUUUGGACUCUUGCCUUAGAGGUUUCCCCCCUUUCUCUCUGUCCCAUGCCUCUGAUGGAAGAAAGGGAGGACAGGGUUACUAUAGGUAAGAUGGGACCUCCUUGGGUGGGGGGUGUCAGACAAGUGCUCCUCUGCAGCUGCUGCAGUCAUUUAAAAAGUUGUUGGGGUUUUCAGCUGAGAAGACCCCUGACAACUCCUUCCUGAUCAUGAGACAGAAAAAUCAGCUGAGUUCAAGCCUGAUGGCCUGGAAAUGUCCAAACAUCCAAGUACCACAGUGAGAGCAUCAACCUCUUGAAGUGCUCGCGCUGUAACACAGGCACUAGCUGGCGGUGCUCUGUGUGGAUUAAAUCCAGAUGGAAACGUUUGGAGUGAUCAAGUGACACCUUGGAAAGAGUUUAGACAAAAGGAAAUGUUGCCUACUUGUUUGGUUGCAUAGCCAUAGCAUGAGAGAUUAAUUUCUUUGUCUUCAUUGAGCAGCCUGAAACUAACUGCUUUGUAAUCUUCUGAGAAGAGUUUAGAGUCUUGGCAGGAAGGUGCUCUGAGCCAAGCUGCCUGUGUUUCCUCAGAAAUGCCCCCAGCAAAUCAGUCAGUUCUGCAGUAGCACUUUGCUGUAAGGAAAAACCCAACAACCUUUUUUCCCCCUGGCCUUUGUACAGUUAGGCUGUAG